AUGGACAACAGGACCUAUUUUACCACCUACACUCUGAUGGAACCUAAAGGCUCUAAAUCAUUUAGGCACAUAUAUUUCACAUGCACUCUGCUUGUCUAUGCACUGAUAUUGUUUGUUAACAUUUGGCUCAGUGUGGUUAUUGUCUUGGAUAGAGCUCUUCAUGAACCAAUGUAUAUUUUUUUGUGUAAUUUGUGUAUAAAUUAUAUAUAUGGAGCAGCAGGAUUCUUUCCUAAAUUCCUACAUGAUUUAAUACUGGAUUUAUAUGUGAUCCCUUCUUACAUGUGUGCUCUCCAAGCUUUUGUGAUCUACAGCUCAGCUAUGUGUGACUGUAGUACACUGACUAUUAUGGCAUAUGAUAGACAUGUGGCAAUAUGCAGACCAUUUCACUAUCAUGAAAAGUUUAAUAAAUGUAUGUGCGGCAUGUUGCUUGGCUUCUGUUGGACUCUACCAUUUAUUGCUAUGUUCACUGCUGUUCUGUUUUCCAGAGGGUUGCCACUGUGUAAAUAUCACAUUGACAAAUUAUACUGUGAUAACUGGUCUAUGGUAAUGCUCUCAUGUGAAUCAACGGUCAUUCAUAACAUUUUGGGAUUCAUUACUUUAUUAUUUUAUAUAUGUCUUGCUGUUUUAAUUAGUAUGUCCUAUAUUAAACUUAUCAUUGCAUGUAAAGCAUCAUUAGAGAACAGAAGGACAUUUCUGCAGACAUGUGUGCCACAUUUGUUUUCACUGUUGAAUUGUAGUAUUGCUAUGGUUUUUGAUUUCACACACAGCAGAUUUAGCUCAAGCAAUUUCCCAGAGAGCCUACGUACUUUUUUUGCAUUAAUGGUGAUUAUAGUUCCACCUCUUUUCAAUCCUGUAAUAUAUGGCUUAAAACUCAAAGAGGUCCGUAAAAGAAUCUCAAAAUCAUGUGUUAAUAUCAUAAAUCAUUAA